AUGGCUUUGGUGCUGGCGCUGGACAUCGCCAAUGAGCGGGCCGUCAUCAGCGCCUCGGUGGAGGACCUAAAGGCCGACAUGGCGGCGACGUUCGCGGAGGUGCUGGAAGCUAUGCGUGCUCGGGGCGGCGGGGCCGCCGCUGGUGACGCUGCCGUAGUUGCACCAGCGCCCAUGUAUGGGGGCACGAGUGCAGCUGCCGGGGUGGCGCCGGCGCCCAUCGCCUCGGUGGAGGACCUAAAGGCCGACAUGGCGGCGACGUUCGCGGAGGUGCUGGAAGCUAUGCGUGCUCGGGGCGGCGGGGCCGCCGCUGGUGACGCUGCCGUAGUUGCACCAGCGCCCAUGUAUGGGGGCACGAGUGCAGCUGCCGGGGUGGCGCCGGCGCCCAUGUAUGGGGGCGCGAGUGCGGCUGGUUCCUCGGCCGGCUACGGGUUACACGGCGUGGAGGCAAGUCCCGGGUUGCUGCAGGGCGCUGGUCGGUAUGGCAGUGGGGGCGGCUUAGGCUUCUUUCCCGCGAUUUCGUUCCCGUUUGGAGCGGGAGGCCUCAACAUGGACUCCGGUGGUCGCAUGUGGUGGGUGGUGAUGGGAUGUUUUCCGCCGAAGCUAGAGAAGCCGAGCCUGCAACAGUUAAUGUUUGAUAGUAUUGAGGUCACGGACGUGGCGGCCGACAUGCUCUUGAACUUCCGUGGCUUUGACACCGCUGCCUUCACGACCCGGGGGGCGGUUGGCGACCGUCUCCCCAUCUCAACGCAUUUGACCCUCAUGGCGGGGGCUUUUAUCACCAUCGCUCGCCGGGGGAUCGCCGACGAACCGAGGUUAGAGGCGGCGUCGCAAGCACGGGUGGAUCGUGUCGAAGCAUCGUUCCAGGCGGUCAUCGACGACGUGGCGCGGCACGCUCGGGAGAAUUACGCGGCCAUCCAAGCGCAGCACAACCGAGACAUCUUCUUGAGGUUCCUCGUCAAAGACAUGGAAGUGUACACGCGCGACGUGCAGGUGUUCGCGGACGAGAUGCAGCGGCGCUUCGUUCUCUCUCCGCCGUCGGACGCUCUUUCGCCCCCCCCCCUCCCGGGUUUCCCAAACAUCGCAGCGUAUCUCCGGUCGGGAGGGCUGAUCAAUUCUGCUGUGCAAGGCAAGUCCGGCCGUUCGUCGGCCGCCGCAGCGGGUGCCGCCGGGGGGACGGGCAGCGCAACCAAGGAGCAGGGGGUGUGCUACAAGUUCCAAAAAGACGGUAACUGUCGGUGGGGGAAGAAGUGCAAGUUCGCGUGUUAGACAUACUCGCAGCAGUAUCUGGCCGUGAGGAUCCCAGGGGGACACGUGUUGGGAAUUUCGUGUGUUGAAGGGUACCACCGGCGCAGUCACGGGGACCCUUUGGGCGUGGUCGGUGCGAUGAUGAGGAAGGCUUGCGUGCGUGCUGCGCACUUCCCCU